GCGGGGCCGAGGGGGCCAUGGCGGCCGAGGCGGCGGAGCGGCACCUGGGGCUGCUGCAGGACGAGCGGGAGGCUGAGCUGGCCCAGAGCAGGGCAUGGCAGGAGAGUGUCUCCCUGAAGGAAUUGCAGCGGAGAGGAGUCUGCUUGCUCAAGCUGCAGCUCAGCAGCCAGAGAACCGGCCUCUACGGGCGUCUCCUCGUGACAUUCCAGCCCAGGAAGCGGGACUCGGACACCGAGCUGCCCUCCAACAGCUUUGGGCCUGGGGACAUCGUGGGGCUCUAUGAGUCGGCUGGGCAGGGGGACCCACUGUGCACGGGCGUGGUGACACGUGUCACCCCCAAGGCAGUGACGGUGGCCCUGGAGGAGGCCCGGGAUGGGGAGCUGGCCCUGGACCACGAGCGCUCCUUCCGCCUGCUCAAGCUGGCCAACGAUGUCACCUACAACAGGCUCAAAAGAGCUCUGACUGCACUCAAGCAGUACCGGGGUGGCCCAGCCUCUGACCUGAUCGACGUCCUCUUCUUUGCCUCUGCUCCCAGGGCAUUCCCUGAAACAAAGCCUCUGGAGUUCUUCAAUGGCUCCCUGGAUGAGUCUCAGAAGGAAGCUGUGUUCUUCUCCCUGGCUCAGAGGGAGCUGGCCAUCAUCCACGGGCCUCCGGGCACAGGGAAAACCACGACCCUGGUGGAGAUCAUCCUGCAGGCUGUGCAGCAGGGCCUGAAGGUGCUGUGCUGUGCCCCGUCCAACGUGGCCGUGGAUAACCUGGUGGAGCGGCUGGCGGGCCGCGGGCCGCGGCUGCUGCGCCUCGGGCACCCCGCCCGCCUGCUGCAGCCCAUCCAGCAGCACUGCCUGGACGCCGUGCUGGCCCGAGGGGACGGCGCCCGCAUCGUGGCCGACAUCCGGAGCGACAUCGACCACGCCUGGGCAAAAACCAAAAAGGCCCAAGACAAAGGAGAGAGAAGCCAUUUUCUGGGUGAGAUCAAGACCCUGAGGAAGGAGCUGAAGGAGAGAGAAGAGGCUGCCAUGGCUGCAGCCCUCAGCCAGGCCAGCAUUGUCCUUGCCACCAACACAGGUGCUUCCUCAGACGGCCCCCUGAAGCUGCUGCCUGAAACCCACUUUGACCUGGUGGUGAUUGAUGAGUGUGCCCAGGCUCUGGAAGCCAGCUGCUGGAUCCCUCUGCUGAAAGCUCCCAAGUGCAUCCUGGCUGGGGAUCACAAGCAGCUGCCCCCCACCAUCAUCUCCCACAGCAUCAUGGAGUGGGCGUCCUCGGAGCUCUACGGCGGCCACCUCAGCGCGCACCCCUCCGUGGCACAGCACCUGCUCAGGGACCUGCCAGGUGUCUGUGACACAGAAGAGACCAGCACUCCCCUGUUGCUCAUAGACACCGCUGGCUGUGGCCUGUUUGAGCUGGAAGUGGAGGAUGAACAGUCCAAGGGGAAUCCAGGGGAGGUCCAGCUGGUGGGGAUGCACGUGCAGGCCUUGGUGGACGCUGGUGUGAAGGCCAAGGACAUCGCUGUGGUGGCCCCCUACAACCUCCAGGUGGACAUGCUCAGACAGCACCUUUGCCACAGCCACCCCGAGCUGGAAAUUAAAUCAGUGGAUGGGUUCCAGGGCAGGGAGAAGGAGGCAGUGAUCCUGUCCUUUGUCAGAUCCAACAAGAAAGGCGAGGUGGGCUUCCUGGCCGAGGAGCGGCGCAUCAACGUGGCGGUGACGCGGGCGCGGCGCCAGGUGGCCGUGGUGUGUGACAGCCGCACCGUGGGCAGCCGCCCCUUCCUGCGGCGCCUGCUGGACCACCUGGCCCAGCACGGCCUCGUGCGCUCUGCCUUCGAAUACCUGGAUGACCUCGUGCCCCAAAACUACCCCGGGGAGGGCCAGGCCCAGCGCCAGCAGGGCCCCAAAGCACCGGGCCCCAAAGCACCAGGCCCCAAAGCGCCGGGCCCCAAAGCGCAGCCGGCUCCGGCUCCGGCUGGGAAGCACAAGGCGGCGGCGGCCGGAGCGGGGAGCCAGAAACUGGGAGCACGGAGCUCCCCGAGCAAUGCCACAGCUGGGAGGGACAGCUCAGGGUCAAAGGAGGGUGGGGACAGGUUCAGGGCCAUGCUGGUGGCCUUCCUGGCGAGCAGCGAGGCACAGCUGGAUUUCCCAGCAUCCCUGAAUUCCCACGAGCGGAUGCUGGUCCAUGUGCUGGCAGAGGAGUACGGGCUGCAGCACCUGAGCUCUGGGGAGGGCCGGGACAGGUACAUCAGUGUCCGCAAGGGAGUCCCCAAGCAGCCCACGCUGCCCUCUGAGCCCCUUCCUGAGUCCCCACUGUCCUCUGAGCCCCAGCUGCCCCCUGAGCCCCUUCCCAAACCCCCGCUGUCCUCUGAGCCCCCACUGCCCUCCGAGCCCCUUCCCGAGCUCCAGCAUCCCCACGGGAACACCCCUGACCCUGUGGAGCCAAAGGAGAGCAGCAAGAGCUCAGGGAAAGUGGAUCUGAAAUCCCUGCACCUGGAGAGAGUCCAGAGGGAGAAAGCCAGGCGGGAGGAGGCGGCCAGGAAGGUGCAGGAGCCCAAGAGCGGCAAAAGGAAAAAGGACAAAAGUGAAGCCAAAGCAAAGCCAGCGAUCGGGAACGUGGCCGGAGAGGAUUUUGAUGCUCUGAUCUCGGCUGCCAUGGAAGCUGACAGGACCUGUGCCUUCCCCCGCUGCAAGGCCUCUGUCACCACCCUGGGCCAGCUCUGCCACCACUGCCAGCGGCUCUUCUGCCUCAGCCACCACAUCCCCGAGGGGCACGGCUGUGGGGACAGGGCCAAGGCGCAGGCCCGGCAGCGCAUCAGCCGCGAGGGGAUCCUGUACCCCGGCAGCGGCCCCAAGGACAAAUCCCUGGAUCCCGCCAGGCGAGCCCACCUCCAGCGCCGCCUAGACCAGAAGCUCGGCGAGCUGACGAGCCAGAGGAAGGGCAAAAAGAAAGACAAGGAGAAAUGAAGGACCUGAAUCCUGCUUUUUUAACCUCAAAGCCCCAGAUCCCCUGGGGCAAAGCUGCUGUGCUGGGCCUGGGUGGAAUAGGGGGCUCCAUUCUGGGGGGAAACCUGGAGCUGGGAGCCUUCCCGAGGUGCAGGGGAGGGAGAGCUGCUGCAUUGUCCUGGUUAUCCCUACAGACACGGUGAUGGAUGCACUCAGGGGCCAGAGCAUGCUGGUGAAACGGGCAUUAAACACCCAAAGCUGUCACUGUCACAUCGGUCCCUGCGGCAGCACAUGAUGGAUGCCUGGAAACAGGAACGUGGGAGGCAUGGAAAACCAUGGGUGACCCUGUGCUCCAGGGAGGAUGGCUGAGGAAAUGGAUGUGUCCCAGCCCAGCAAUCCCCUGGCUCUGCUCAGAGCUGGAGGGAGCCAGCCUGUCCACACUGCAGCCAUUCCCUCCCCACCUGUGCCAGGGGCUCAGGAGGGGGCUCAGCCCUGCUCCAGGGAUGGGAACAGGGAUGGAUUUGGGCCUCAAGCCCAAACCAUGCUGGCACCACGAGGAGCUGGUCCAGCACAUGGAAGCGUUUUCCUAGGAGAGCCUUCCUGUGCCACUGGGAGGUCUCUCCCUCCUCACUGCUGCCUGUCCCUUGCCAGAGCUGUCCUGCUUCCCACAGAGCUCCUUGGAGGCUGAUUCCCACUGGGAAAGCCCACAGUGACAGCAGGUGCAGCCAUGUGAGCUUUUCAGGUGAGAGGGAGCCUUGUGUCCAUCCUGGACCUUUUCCUAAUCCUUCACACAGAGUCCAUCCAUCCCACGCCCAAAAUAGCUCCAGCAGCAUUUUCUGUCCCCAGGAUGAAGGAGAAGGUGCAGAGGUGCUUCCAAAUAGGAAUGGCUGGAGAGGAGCACAAGAAAAAUGCCUAAACCCACACAUUCCCCAUCCUUCUGGGGCUAAACCUCACAGAUUCCAGCACUUCUGGAAGUCACUCACCUCAUCCCAAGUAAAGCUCAGCAGUUGGCAGGAGCUGCCAGACAGCCAAGGAUUUCUGUGUCCAUCUCUUCCCAAAUACUUGGCUGGGAUAGCUGAUAAGCACAUUUUCCCCCAAACCUCGUGGGCUGUGAGCACUGGCUGUGAACAACUUCCCACUUCACUGUGAAAAACUUCAUCCUUCAAACCCCUCCAUGCUUGGCUGGUGCCUUGGUGCUGUGCAUCACGCAUGGAGGGGUGGCACUGGCUCCCCUGGCAGUGGGUGGGACGGGGAGAGGUGGGGAAGUGUGGGAGAAGGGAAUCUGGGCACCAGUGAGUGGAGGGGGAUGAUGGAACAGGGACAUCACAGCCCUGUCCCAAAGGGAAGGUCAGGCAGCACAGAUGGGAAGGGAAAAGUGCCACCAGCUCAGGGGAUAACUCACCUUGGAGUUAAUUUUUAACCAGGGAAAAGCAGAUAAAUGGCUCAUUCACAGCUUUUUCCCUGCUCAGGUUAUCCAAGCAGCCACAUCCCAGCCUGUGCUCAUGCCACGGUGCCAUUUCCAUGGCACAGGGUCCCAGACACCCCCAGACUUUCCAGCCUGGCUUCCCACCAGCAUCCUGCAGGCAGGGAAAAGCCAAGGCUGCAGGCUCCAGGGAUGUGGCCCCAGUGCAUCCUCUGCUCUCCAGCCUGUGCCAUGAGGGGCUCCAUCACCCUCCACAAACCAGAGUGGGAAUUAGCUCCCCAAAAAUCCCAAACCUGGCUUGGGACAGAGCCCAGCAGCAGACAGGAUCCACACAAGCUUCCUUCUAAAACAGGAGUUGGGCUUAAAAAUUAUAAAAUUAGGGACCUUUUUUACAUGCCUUGGGUCACAAGGCAAAGAUGUUCUUCUCUAUGCCCAAAUCUUGGAUAAAACAGGUUAUAGGGUAAGUCACAGCCCAAGACCAGGAUUAGGGGCUGGAAUAAACAAUCCCCAGUUGUGAGA